UUCACUGAAAACUCAAAUAAAGCCGGUCGCGAGGAGAGCGAGCGGGUCCCAGUGAGCCCGGGUUCCGCUCCCACGGCCCCCACCCCCAGCCUCGGGCGAGGGAGGAAGCGCUCCGGAUGGACGGCACCGCGACCGGCGGAGAAGGAAAGGCAGCCUUUCCUCCCGGGGCGCAGUGCCGGGCGGGCCGAGCGAACCUGCAGAGGGCGGCUUCUCUCCUCUUUUCCUGUCCCACCCCUUCGCCGGCCCCCCACCCCCACCCGCCGGCUCCGCGCGCCUCCCCGGCCCGGCCGCCGCGUCCCCCGGAGGGUCUGCGGUCCCGCCCCCUCGAGUGCAGAAGGACGCGCGGAGCGGCGCCCGCCCUGCCCCGCAGCCCGCCCGACUGGUAAGAUCUGGCCACCACGUGCAGCAAUGACUAGCCUCCCAGUCACACCUUCUCCAGGUCCUCAAGGUGCCCAUCCGCUUGCGGCAAUGACUAGCCUCCCAACCACGCCUUCUCCAGGAGGACUGAUCACCACAAUUCGGCAGGUCACUGAGGCCCUGUCUCCGGAAGCUGAAGCCAGCACAGCGCUCAUUGCAGUCGUUAUCACCGUGGUCUUCCUCACCCUGCUCUCAGUCGUGAUCUUGAUCUUCUUUUACCUGUACAAGAACAAAGGCAGCUACGUCACCUACGAACCUGCAGAAGGAGAGCCCAGCACCAUCCUUCAGAUGGAGAGUGACGCAGCCAAGGGCAGGGAGAAGGAGGAAUAUUUCAUCUAAUGAUUCCCAGGCCCCACAGAGCUUGUCCAGGCUCCAGGGCUAACACAAUGACUAUUUAUUAGGUGAAAGUUUUAUCUGAAGCCAGUGAGCAGCAUUGAUUGGAAUGGGCAAACCUGAGCUCCUUCCAGGAGGAGGCCCAAAUCCAGCAUCACUGACGGUAGGGCCAGGGACAUGGAGAAAGCUGCUUAUGAUGUCUUUAGACAGCAGCAUUUGUGACUGACCAAUACCGGGUAGGGCUAUACCUGGCAACAUUUCCGAACGUGCCCAGUCAUCGUCAGGUUUUUCCACAGGUCCAAGGGGAGGAGUUAGGUCACUGGCUGCUCCUCUGUUCCCUACCUAGUGACAGCCCGGUGGAGGUAGUGUCCACGGAAGUUCUUCCCAGAGGCUGAUACCAGAAUAAAGGGCCAGGCCCUGAGGGGUAGGAGACUAUGUAGAUACCUUACCUCCUAAUGAAUGUGCAACGUCCCUCAAUCUGAGCCCAUCCUUUCCCUAUUUCCCAACCUCAAACUUAAUGCUAUUUUUAUCAGAAUUAAAAUUGUUCACUAAGAAAUCAUUCUCAU